AUGUCUGAUGUAAAGGAUAUAUUGGGCAUGUCCCAACCAAAGGAGUCGACUUCAUCAACAGUCGACUCUAUAUUGAAGAAGAAGAAUCAAACACCAAAGAGACCAGAUGGACCUGCUAGAGGUGGUUCAAUCAUUGAGAUAUUGCAACAAUCAUUCUUGAACCUUGAAGGAGAGACAUUGUCAUUCGCAGCACCAGUCACUACACAAGCAGGUUUGAAGGAGAAGAGAAAGAUCAAGGUUGCAUGGGAGCCAAGAGGCAUACGCAGCAGCGCAAGAAAUGACAACCUCGUACUCUAUCACUACUCAAAGACGACAGACAAGGUCGAAGACUACAAGUACUCUCGAUUCAACAAGAAGAUGGAUGUGUUGGUGUAUAAUGAAGAAGAGUAUGACUUGUAUCUGCGAGAUCCUAAUUGGACACGUGAGGAUACUGAUCAGUUGCUGGACUUGUGCAAGCGAUUCGACACAAGGUUCAUCGUUGUAUAUGAUCGCUUUGAGGGCAGUACACCUCGUACUAUUGAGGACCUAAAGGAGCGUUACUACAAGGUACAGUCCAAGCUCGUGGAGCUCAGGACUCGACCUGAGGAAGACCCAUAUCACAAUCCUCUAACAAACUAUAGUUUCAACAAAGUAUACGAGACAGAGAGGAAGGUUCAAGCGGACCGUCUGUUCCAUCUGACGCGAGAGCAGGUGGAUGAACAAGACAGGCUAGUAGAGAAGUAUCAAGGCAUUGAGAAACAUUUGUUGAAGCAUAGCAAGACGACCAAAUCCAUUUACAAGAUGGCCAAUCUGGCAAUCACCAAUGGUCCAAUGAAGCAUUACAAUCAGAAUGACGUAUCAUCUGAAUCAUCGACCAAGAAGAAGAAGAAGAAGAAUCAGCCAGAGGGAGGAGAGGACAGGUCAGUGGUGUUGAGUAAUAGACAGACGCAGAGAGUAGAGUCGACGCUGUAUGACCUACACAUUGGCAUGCCAUUCAAUAAUCAGUUGGCCAAACGACUAUAUAAUGACUUGAAACAGGAUAUCAUCACGCUACUGGAUAUUCAAAAGUACUACAUCGAGAAGAGAUACCAUUGUGAGAUACUCAGGACACAGAAGGAGCACUUGGAGAGGGAGAUCGAGGAGAUGAACUUGCCCGCCGAGGCUCUGGCCAUUCACGUUGACGAGGAGAAUGAGCCGGCAGUCGUUGGAACUGGCGGUAGCAGCGUCUCAAUGGGCGACAACGAAUCGGAGCCAACGCCACAGCAACAAGCAACGCCACAUCAGCCACAACCACCUACACUAUUCCAAAUGUACAGCGGAGGAGUAGACAUCUCAGAGUCGUCAGACAAUAUCUCGCUCUCAUCCUCGACGUCCUCGCUCAGGCCCUUGGACGAAUCACAAUCAACGCCUGGCAGUCACCACAAGUCAUCUACAAAGAAGAGGGCACACAAGGGUGGUGAAGACCUUACAUCGACAAGCUCCACAGACUUGCACGCUGGAUCAAUCGAAUCACCAUCAUCCUCCACUACCACUUCCACCUCCUCCACCACCAAGAAGAGGAAGUCCACAAGUGCCAGCAGGAAGAAGCAACACAGCACUACAGACGCCGACGCAUCAUCGAAUGACACUACAAUCAAUGUGGACAUUGGCAAUGAAGCCGACAAUCAGCCACCACUCAAGAAGUCGAGGGCCAGCGCCGGUGCCUCGCCCACCAAAGAGAAGAAAGAGAAGAAGAAGUCAACCAAGCGAUCGAGUAGCAGUGGUGGUAGCAACAACACCAGCAGCGAGAAAGAGAAAGAGAAAAAGAAGAAGAGCAGUAAGGACAGGCUGGCGCAGUCUUUGCCACCUCCUCCAUUCGCCAUUCCCAAGUGA